AUGGCUUUAAAAGAACCAGCAACUAAUAUUAAUGAACCCAAAUUAAUAAAUUCAACAAUAAAUAUUAAUGAUAUGAUUGACGACGUUCCCUACGAACUAGAAUACGAACUAGAAAUCAUUAACCAAGAUGAAAACAAUUCAGUUUUCGCUGAUGCUUUAAUGUCUGACACUGUGCACAUAAUCGACCUAAAUAAUACCAAUGAAUUAUUACACGAGAGAAAUGACAGUUUGGUACGGUCCGAAGAUAACGUUCACCACCAAAAAAAUACAGAAAACGAAAAGCUAUAUGUAGAAGUUAUUACAGAUACGAGAAUAACUGAAAAGGAAAAACAGAAAAAAGGCAAUAGCGCAUUAAGGGAUAAAAAUGUUAAUAAAAGAAAAAGAAUGAUGGGAAAUGAGUACAUUGGAUACACAAGACGGGACGAUUAA